UUUAUGAGACUUACUUCCAAGUUCAUGAUCCAGGAGUCUGCGAUGCAUAUCUCUUAUCCGGGGUGCAGUUAACUAAUUUUAAACCCUGGAUUUACAGGAGGAACCUCCUCUUUAGAUUACCUCACUUACUUCCAACUGUAGCGGUAAGCCAGCCCUGCUUUGUUUGAGGGCCCUCCUGCUCAUCCUGCAGAGUGGGGCCCUGGACUUCUGCCCGAAAUCCUACCAUUCCGGUUUCCUAUUGAUAUCUUCUGGAUGCUUUGACAAAGGCAAGAGUGCAAUUUUGCUUGCAGCGAGCCACACCGCUGCUGAUCAUGCCUUCCCUAAAGCGGAAAGAAACUCACCCACCUACUUUCCUGAUAGCAUCACGACUCUUUCGCCCUGAUCCUUAGGGUAUAGUAUCUUCCUUUCCAGGAAAGUGCGCUUACGAACAGGACAGCCGCCUUAACCAUAGAGCUCCCGAUACCUCCCUCUUCCUAGCGAUCACCAGGAAAUACAGCAGAGAGGAGGUGGAAUAGGGGGAUUAAAUGAAACUGGGACCUUCCUGUUCCCAGCAGCCCCCUGAGCGGAGCUAAGAGUUGAGCUGUAGUGCAACCGCUGCCGUGGCCGAUUCUCUUGCCUAGGAAACCCGGAGAGGUUACUUUACUUCCUUCAUCCUGGGAUCCCCACCUGUACAUCUGGUUGCAACAAGUCUCUUGAUGUUGUCCUCAUUUUCCCCCACUGAUGCUCUGGAUGGCUGGAUGCUUCAUACUGUGGCAGGCUUACAGCUCUCUCCUUCUCCCCAUAGCAGUAACAUACUGGCUUGAAGGGGGGAAAAUUCUUUGAGAUGGAGUGUGAAGACCCAGGUAGUGUGGAGAUCCAUGACUCAGAUGAUGGUGGGAUUGUAAGGAGAGUCUAUAUAGCUGACAAAGGCAAAGAUGAUCUGGAGCAUGAGACAAUGCAGCAUGGACAGGCCAACUGGAAGGCAAAUUCACAGCAGGAAGGAUCAGCAGUGGAACAGCAGGGGAGCCUGCUAGCCCCUGGCAGCUAUGGCGAGGGUGAAAUAGCAGUAGCCGCCACGGUAGUCUCACGUUCUACCAGGCAGCGCCCUUUCAUCUGCAACGAAUGUGGUAAGAGCUUCAGCCACUGGUCAAAGUUGCUGCGGCAUCAGCGCACGCAUACAGGCGAGCGCCCCAGCACCUGCACUGACUGUGGCAAGAGCUUCUCGCAGAACUCACACUUGGUGCAGCACCGGCGCACACACACUGGCGAGAAACCCUACGUUUGCCGGGACUGUGGCAAGAGCUUCAGUUGGAGCUCCAACCUCAUCCAGCACCAGCGCAUUCAUACAGGAGAGCGUCCUUACACAUGCGGGGACUGUGGGCGCAGCUUCACACAAAGCAAGAACCUGGCCAAGCACCGGCGAACACAUACGGGAGCCCGGCCAUUCCGCUGCCCUGAGUGUGGGCGGGGGUUUGCACACACUGCUGGCCUGGUCAAACACCAGCGCCUGCGCCAUGACACUGACUCCCCCAUUGGGCAUCCUUGCCCAGAAUGCGGGCAGCGCUUCCGUGCACCUUCAGAGGUGGAACGUCACCGUGUCGCUCACCACGGUGUCACCCCCUCAGAGCCGUUCAUCUGUGUGGAGUGCGGAGAGUGUUUCGCCAAGAGUACCACACUCAUCCGCCACAAGCGAGUACACAAGCCAAUCUUUGUGCGUUGAAGGUUUGAUCCCCUACAGGAUGGGAAUUCUAAUCAUAUGCCCAGGCUUGCAUAGGUUGGGGUCUAAGGUGACUCUUUGACUGCAACCUGGGUCUUGCUUGGCCAGAUCAAAGGCCCUGAGAGGCCAACGUGCAACAAUGAGGGAAAGGAGAUUGGGCUCAGAGAUUGGACUCCAGGCACUUGGCAGGAGAGAAACUGACUGGAGCCAAGAUCUUGGAUCUGUUUGUGGGGGGAAAUCAAAGCAGAGCACAACUCUCACCUGCCUUCUGAGAAUCUACAGGCCCUGGGCCCUGCUCCUGUACAUAAUGUGGGGGGGAUUCUUUAGUUAGAAGCCGUCAUAGGGAAUCUUCAAGGGGUGGGAGGGGGAAGAGAUCCAGUCAAAGUAAGUCUUCUUAGGACUUGGACAGAAGAAAGAAUUCAGAAGAGGAAGUACCUCUCAGCAGAACUGAUCUGCUUCAGGGAAAAGGCAUGGACAAUUGUGGCAGGGGAAGCAAGAGUACAGCAGAGGAGGUGGAAAAGAGAGGUUGAAAACAACCUUGUGAAAUAAAUUUUUCUGUAUCUCUUCA